AUGUGGUGGAUCCAAAGACGGCCGGCCCCAAAUGGCGGGGCCAGCAAGAGUGGAUUCAACCCCAAGUUCAUGCCACGCCCAUCCAUCCUCUCCAAUUUUGAUAAUCUCAAUUCGAAGACGCUACGCGGGUUCCGUAACAUGCUCUACGUGAUUGGAGUGUUGUUCGUGGUGUCGCAGUGCAUCAUCAACUACUACGAGACGGCCGGACACAAGCUUGUAGAUAGCGCUCUGUGGCUGGUCAUCUCCCAGGAGCUGCCCAUCAUGGGGCUCAUGUACCUCAUGGUGCAAGCGACGACGUUCAGCUUCUUCUACCUGCAGCGAUGCACGAUCCGGGGCAUGGUAUCGAUCGAGCGCUGCGAGUUCAUCCACUACUUCCUCCUCGCCUUCGCCGUGAUCACGCCCAUCCUCGCCGUCUGCACCUGGGAGCUUCCCCCGACACAAUGCACAUAUAUUCUGUUCAUGAUGGUGCUGAUGUGCAUGAAGAUGCACUCCUACAUCAUGCAAAACCAGUUUUACCACUACAAGUACCUCCGACGGUUGAGGCGCCGCCAGGCCAGGCGCGGCUCCGGCUCCGAGCCGGUGGACGGCGACGACGACAGCGACGAGAGCGACGACGAAGACGACGGCCGCACGCCGCACCGGACUCCACUACGCCGACGCCGACGCAGACCGGGCGCCAAUGGUAAUGAUGCAGACGACAACGCGGGGAACGACGAGGACGACGCCGACGAUCAAUACUACGACGAGCCGCCGCAGCCCACGGUGCAUUAUCCAGAAAACGUCAACUUGCGCGACUUCUUCGCUUUUCUAUUUAUGCCGACUCUGGUCUACCAGGCCAACUUUCCGCGCACGCCGCGCGUACGUCCAAAAUUUGUAAUCAAGACGUUGGCCUUGGUCGCGGGCAUCCUCUCGAUGAUCGUUACUGGUCUCACUCACUUCAUCCUCCCCAUCCUUCGAAAGUAUCUGCUUUCGAUUCUGUGCAUCCCUUGCAGUCUCCUCUAUAUUGUGAUAUUCUUCUUCGUAUUCGAGCUCAUCCUCAACGGUUUCGCCGAGAUCACCCGUUUUGCCGAUCGUCACUUCUACGACGACUGGUGGAAUUCGACUGCCUACGACGAGUUUGCGCGGAAAUGGAACCGGCCCAUCCACGAAUGGUUGUUGGUGCACAUCUACAACCGACGGAUCCAAAACAACCACAGCAAGUCGUCGGCCCUCUGGAUCACCUUCUUCUUUUCCCACUUCAUCUACGAGGCGCUGAUGGCCGUGUCCUUCGGCGUGCGAAACCCCUACAUACUCUCCGUCGUCGUGCUCGAACUGGUGUUCAUCUACGCUCUGCGCCCGCUUCGAGACACGCAACUGGGGAACUUGCUAUGGUGGUGCAUCAUGUUCUGCUCCACGCCUCUGGCGACCCUGCUCUACGCCCGUGAGUACUACAUGUCCUUUCCCCUCACCGCCACAUAA